GCAUAUGCUUAUGUCAGACAGAGAGAGAGAGAGAGAUAGAAUGAAACACGUUUCAUGUUUUUACGUUGAGAAUCUGUCUGUGCGCAUUAGUUGUAUUAUUUGUCUGCAGGCUGACCAUUUGUCCAGGUAAAUCUAUUUCGAUAGUGUGGUAUCUUCUCCUCAGCAGACGGUCAUUAGCGGUCCUAUUGGAGUGUUAUUUACAGUACAAUUACUUUAGCCAUGGAGGACCCAGAAUUGCGUCAACUAAAGCUGGACAAUCAGAACAUUGAUGCAAUCUUGGAAUUAAGAUUAAGCCCAGAAUCUCCCUCAGCGUUCACUUUUGAUGAAGAAGCAGCAGAGAAGGAGGGCCGAUACCCAAAUGGUCACAGCCAAUAGGGACGCUCGACCCAAGAAAAGCAAGCAGAAGACUGGAGCAGAUGACACAGACCUGUUGAUUACUCAAUCCCAGAGCAACAACUCCUUAAAUGCUGAAGAAGCCCAUGAUAACCCACUGGAGGAAAUUACUCUGGGAGAGCUCAGCCUAAAAACCACUGAUGCUACAGAUGAGAUGCCCCCCGAGAAACCCAUCAUCACCAAAACUAUGGACGUGGAAAUUGACAGCCUGCCAAAGCCUAAACUUAGUACAGAAAAUGAAGGCCCAGCAGAAGUGAAAAAGAAAGAGAAGGAGAAGAAAGAGAAAGGUGUGAAAAAGGAGAAGGCGCAAGCAAAACAGUUAGAACAGAAUGAGGAUAAGGGAGAGGAGAAAGAGAAGGAGAAAGAGAAGGAGAAGCGAGAGAAAAAAACAAAGAAGGACAAAUUGAAAGGACACACUCCAAGUAAAGAGAAAAAAAACAAGACUGAUGAACAAGAGGCAAACACUAUCACUAAGUCUCCAGCUAUUCAGAUAGAUUCCGUAGUAGAGUUUGAGACGCCAGAAUGGGACAGUGAUGGUGAGAGAAAGGAUUGGUCAAAAAGCCCCAUCCCAGGAACACCCAAGAAAAAACAACACCUCAACACAUCAAGGUGCCAAAUAAGUGACAAUGAGAGGGAGGAAGAUGAAAUUCUUGAAAGAGAGAAAAAAGAGAAAACUCCAAAAAAGACAAAAAAAGCUGAGAAAGCCAAUCUCGCACUGCUUAACUCCAACUACAGGCAGCAAGACACCUCAGACAGCGACGACAACAUUGGAAGAGUGACAACUCCUGUCUCAGUUGAAGAUCUUGAAAAGUUUGCCCUGCAUCCAGCCCCUAGAGAUACGACAAUCCAGUGCAGAAUCACUCGGGACAGGCGGGGCGUGGAGAAAGGAAUGUACCCCACUUACUAUCUCCAUUUGGAGAAGGAGGAUGGGAAGAGGGUGUUUUUAAUGGCAGGCAGGAAGAGGAAGAAGUGCAAAACCUCCAAUUAUCUCAUUUCCAUUGAUCCAACAGAACUUUCCAGAGACACAGACAGUUAUAUAGGCAAACUAAGAUCAAAUGUGCUAGGCACCAAAUUCACAGUGUUUGACGGCGGGGAUAACCCAGAUAAGAAGCCUUUCGUCAAAGAGUGUGAGUCAGUUCGGCAAGAGCUUGCCGCAAUCUGUUAUGAGAAGAAUGUUCUAGGUUUCAAAGGCCCCAGGAAAAUGACGGUGGUUAUUCCUGGCAUGAUGGAGAAUGAUGAGAGAGUGUGCAUUCGUCCAAAAAGUGAUAUAGAGUCUCUGCUCUCCCGCUAUGAGAAUGGUAACACUGACAACCUAGUGUGCCUCAUGAACAAGUCCCCCAGCUGGAAUGAACAGACACAGUCCUACGUUCUCAAUUUCCACGGCCGAGUCACACAGGCCUCCGUCAAAAACUUCCAAAUCGUUCACCCUGACAACGAGGACUACAUUGUGAUGCAGUUUGGUCGGGUGGCAGAGGACGUAUUCUCCAUGGACUAUAGCUUCCCUAUGUGUCCCCUGCAGGCCUUCGCCAUCACGCUCUCCUCCUUCGAUGGCAAACUGGCUUGUGAGUGAUACCAAGUGUGGACAACUCAAUCAAGCAGAAGCAGAGCCUUAAUGGCUUACCAUUACAAUUCUAUCACAGUAUUAAUUGUCAAUGUGCAUUCCAGGUAGUAUUGGAUAAGUGUUUGAUAUUUUUCAACACCUGAGAUUACAGAAAGUAUUUUUUAGACUAAUCAACGUCAUUGAGAAUAGGCUAUGAUUCAGUCUCAAUAAGGAACACAUAUGACUAAAUGUUAUCUGAAAAACAGCAACUAGGUCCUCUGAAUUAUAUAUUGUGCUUAGAUGUCUGGUAGAUGUAACCACUAGAAUGACAAUGUUGCACAGCAUACCUGUUUUGUGCAGGCUGUUUGAUCAUAUUUGAACUGAAACAUUUUUAUAAGAAAUAUAUAUAAGAAAUAUGUCCAAUGAAUUUAUUUAAUAUUGAUUGCAGUCUUAAGGCUCCGCUCCACAUUAUCAAAGUGUAACGUAUUCAUGUUUUCCAGUUUUUUCUACAUUCCACAUAAUCUCAUAUGUGCAACAUACACUGAGUAUACCAAAUAUUAGGAACACCACCCCUGUUGCCCUCAGAACGGCCUCAAUUCGUCAGGGCAUGGGCUCUACAAGGUAUCGAAAGCAUUCCACGGGGAUGCUGGCCCAUGUUGACUCCAAUGCUUCCCACAGUUGUGUCAAGUUGGCUGAAUGUCCUUUGGGCGGUGGACCAUUCUUGAUACACACAGGGAUCAUCUGCACUGAUUGAAGUGGAUUUAACAAGUGACAUUAAUAAGGAAUCAUAGCUUUCACCUGGAUUCAAAUGGUUAGUCUAUGUCAUGAGAAGAGCAGGUGUCCUUAAUGUUUUGUAUACUCAGUGUAACAAGACAGCUGCAGGGCUCGAGACUGCAACCAUUUAGUCGCAUUUUGAGAUCUUCCCAGCGAACGUUUCCAUAACGUUCCCUAAAGGUUCUCCUUUGGUUCUUAGAAAAAUAACCUUCCCAAAAACGUUCCCAGAAACAACAUUUGUUAUCUGGGCUUUGACUUGGCUUUGCGAGUUACAUUUGAAUUGGUUGCAUCGGUGCGAGCUGCCAUUUCUAGCUGGUCACUUCACUUCUCUCAAAAUGUUCUAUUUGGGGGGCGGCAAAAACCACGAUUUGGUCAGAUCUAAAGUGCACCAUUUUUCUGAUCCCUGAAUGAAAUAGUCAGGUCCGCCCUGUGCUUGUUUCUCCCUUGCUGCUCCCAUGUGGGUUAGUUGGAGAGCAAAAUGCAUUCUGAUUGUAACAUUUCAAAAUUCAAUUGUGGGAAAAUAAAAGUUUAGAAGCUGUUGUGGCUGUUGGAGAGAGGAGGGUCUAAGGUUUCUGAAAGGUAUUACAUUUAUUUCUCAAGUCUCAAUAUUGGCUGUUUAAGCACAGUUUUUAACCAAACUAUCUGGCAGGCUAUAUCUUUUAGAUAUACGGAGUGGAGUGCGGGAAGCACACAUCUGCCAUUUGCGGUGAUUGCAUAGGCCUAUAUAUUAUUUAUUUAUUUAUUUCACCUUUAUUUAACCAGGUAGGCACGUUGAGGACAAGUUCUCAUUUACAAUUGCGACCUGGCCAAGAUAAAGCAAAGCAGUUCGACACAUACAACGACACAGAGUUACACAUGGAGUAAAACAAACAUACAGUCAAUAAUACAGUAUAAACAAGUCUAUAUACGAUGUGAGCAAAUGAGGUGAGAUAAGGGAGGUAAAGGCAAAAAAAAGGCCAUGGUGGCAAAGUAAAUACAAUAUAGCAAGUAAAACACUGGAAUGGUAGAUUUGCAAUGGAAGAAUGUGCAAAGUAGAAAUAAAAAAUAAUGGGGUGCAAAGGAGCAAAAUAAAUAAAUUAAUUAAAUACAGUAGGGAAAGAGGUAGUUGUUUGGGCUGCAAAGUUUUUAGGAAAUUACAAUUACUGUUAGAUUAAUCAAUUACACAACUAACUACCGGCAUAUUAUAUUUAGCUAUCUAACUAAUGCAUUUUGAGUUUACAAAUUAAUUAGCCUAUGUGAUAUUUGUACACACAAUAGAUGCAAGCAAAUUUAUAUCUAUUUAACAGAAGAAAUCUGCAGUUCUGGAUCCCUAUUUUGAGAGUAAAAUAUAGCAACAAUAGACUAAAUGUCAACCCAUUCAUGACAAUCACUGGUUUAAGGUGCAUGUCAAAAUAUAUUGAUCAUGCAUUCCUGCUUGGACAUGUUCCAUUUUCCGUUGACAUUUUAGUCAUUUAGCAGACGUUCUUAUCCAGAGCGACUUACAGAUUGUGCAUUCAUCUUAAGACAGCUUUUUCUGAAUCAUAUCAUCUCAGUAGCACUGUGAACGUCUUUUUCAAAUGGCUGGUCAUUUUUUCCUAUUGCGUGAUGCUGCAACAAGUUUGGUACGACCAAAUGCUGCAACAAGUUUGGUACGACCAAAUUAUGGGCUGGUGCCACCAACCUAAAAUGUAAGUAGCACCGGUGCCACCAGGAAAUUAGUCUGGAUUCCUGAAGCUGCAAAGAGACUCUAUUUAAGAUAAUGAUGUGGAAUUUGCCAUAAAUUGUUAUUGAUAGAAUGUUUACUGAUGUAUAAAACUGUCAUGUUGAUUAAUCAUUUUUAUACUACGGCAUUGUUGAAUACUUGUUUCUGAUUGGCUUGAAGGACAAUUUAGAGCGUGCAUUAUUUUCCUGUAAUGCAUGGUAUAUCAGCACGGUAGCGUUCAAUGGCUAUAGUUCAUCCUUACAUGUUCUAUGUUUGAGCUGCUUUUGAAGGCAAAGGUCGAAUUGAAAACAUUAUUGGCAUUGAUGAAUUCGAUUUUCAGCCACGUCUAUUUCUAUGGGCACAAGCACUGUUCAUGACACAAACUAUUCACACCCCUAUUGUUGGUGGAGAGAACAUUUUGCAAGUUUGAAGUCUAUUUCCUGAAAUUAUAAAAAUGUUCUCAUGGGAUGCAGAGAACAUUUAGCAGUUUUAAAGCUACUUUUCAUGCAAUUCUAUAAAUUUUGCCAUGUCUAAUGUGCAUUCAUGUGAUAUUUGACUGACUCAAACAUUACAACAGAAUGUAUGGUCUAAAAAAAACUACCUAAAAAAACGUUAGCUGACAUGGGCUAGUUGAUCUGGACAUUUCUGACACAUUAUAGCUCUCUAAGGUAUGCAAAGACUGGUUUGACAAGAGCAAAACUGUUGAUGCAUUACCCAAUUUCAAAAUUACACCUUGUGCAUUCUACUAUUAUAACUUUCAAGAGAAAAUUUAAAGCCAGACUGAGUUCCGUUAAAAAAAGGCAGGGCGCGCCCCACAGUUUGAGAACCAAUGAUCUAAACAAGCAAGUCUGUUUGUUUAGUUACCAAGGCAACUACUGUAGCUAUCUAGUAAACUUGCUAGCUACUUCAGUGGAUGUUGAAUGCAUUUCUACCUGUAAAUGAACACAUUUCUAGGGACAAAUGUGUUAAAUGUGUUAAAUUAUAGCCAUGGCAUAAAACAUCUUGUAAACCCAUUAAUCUGUGUUGAUGUUGUUUUUGUACAGGAAGUUAGUAUCUUCUCUCCCCACUAUCUCCUUUUGGUCUCUUUAUCGCAGUCAAGGACGGAAAUACUUUUAGUCAAAGAACUUAAUGAAUAUACCAAUCUUCACUGCUGAUCUGGAAACACUACAUCCAGCAGAUUCAGAUGUAGAUAAAACCAAUGACUCAUGAUUUCUCCUCUUGCACAACAAUUACAAAAGUAAUUUCGAUAGCGAUAACAGUCAAGCUUUCAGCACUUACUGUAUUGCUGAACGCAGAGAGCAAUUGAGUUUCACAGAUAUAAGAAUAGGCCACAGUUAAGCCCUGUGGUAAAUUAAUUUGACCACAAAACAUGUUUUCUGAUCUAUCAAUUCUGUUUCUGAGUGAAACCUUAUACCAAAACUAACUUUAGACGUUGUCUGCGGAGUUAAAAGAUGCCUUUCCUCUCAAUAAAGAAACACACUUCCUGUGUUAAUGAUGUUUACUUUGAACUGACAAUAAUAUUGGCAAUGAUGACUGAAGACAUUUAUAAGCAUCUUCCUGUGCGAUAAAAGUGUUUCCUAAUAACCUCUACUGUUCCUCUGCCACAAACUUGUCACUUGAUUAGUGAAAGUUGCUCACAAACUUAGGUUACCAUGAUUUAGGCCCAAGUUAUAUUAGUUAUCCCAGUUUGCUUGCUGUAUGGUGAGGAUAUUA